AUGCAUAAAAGAUUUUCCCCGACUCCUCCUAGAUGGAGAAAAGUCGCGUAUGGCGGCAUGCAACCUGGAUUUGACGAUAACUACACAGACGAGUCCUUUCUAGAAGACAUGAUUAUGAAUGCAAAUGUCGUGAAAAGGGAUUUAGUGAAGGUGAUACUCGACUCGAUUUCCAUCUCACAAUAUCUAUGCAUAGUAGCCCUUGUGGUUUUGGUCUGGACCUAUACCCUUAGAUCCGUAAUUACGGAAAGGUCCCUUAUCUUUCUCAAUAUCGCCCUUUUAGUAGUCGGGUUCUUUCUCGUCGUUCUUUUAACUGCUGAAACACUCUCGUUCGAUUUCCUGCUCGAUUUUUUCCUCAAAGCUUCGUUUUUUAUAGCCGGGUUGUACGUUUUGUCCCCAGUUUACCAAACUCUGACUCGUUCGAUAAGCUCGGAUUCUAUUUGGGCACUAACGGCUUCGCUCAUCAUUCUCCAUCUGUUUCUGCACAAUUAUGGGGAUCUUGAAUACUCGAACUUCAUGAACAAUAUUUCACUGAGUGCUUCUAUAGUUGCCUCGCUUCUGAUUGCUUCGAGACUUCCUUCAUGGCUGCACGUUUUCGGUAUUUUGCUUUUCUCUUUGCAGGUAUUUUUGUUUGCUCCGUAUGUUGGGUACUGUAUCAAGAAAUGGUCUUUUCGUGUGCAUUUCUGUUUCUCGUUGGGGUUAAUGGCUGUGACGUUGUUUCUCGUUUAUCGUUUGCACCUGUUGCUUUUCGUUGUUUUGGUGGGGAUAUUGGUGUUUGUUAAUUUGGUGUGCCCUUAUUGGUUGAUUAGGAUUCAAGAGUAUAAGUUUGAGAUCAAUGGGCCAUGGGAUGAAGCUAAGCUCUGUUUUGAUGUUGUGGAGUGA